CCGAGCGGCGGCGCAGCUGGCACGACUCCGCGCCCGCCUGCGCCUCGCCUUCCUCUGCUCGCUCCCGGCCGCCCCGGGGAGUCUCCACCCUGCCGCCCGCGUUCUCGCCCCUCGGGCCCGUCCCGGGACCCGGGGCCCCUCCGUGGCGAGGGCGGUCGGGGCCCGCUAGGCUAGCACGAGCGGGCUGCGGGCGACGGCGCUCUCGGCUGUCGUGAGGGGCUGCCGGGUGGGAUGCGACUCUGGGCGUCCGGGCGACUGUGGGUCGCUGCCGCCCCCAGGCCGGGGUCCGGAGCGCGGAGGUCCCUUUUGUGACGGGCAAGAGGAGGGGACCGGGCACACCUGGUGACCCUGAGGUUCCGGCUCCUCCGCCCCGAGGCUGCAAACCCACCGCUGAGGAAGUUGGUUGAAAUUGCUUUCCGCUGCUGGUACGACGGCAUUGUCAUAGGAGCAGCAACAUGUCGACUGGGGACAGUUUUGAGACUCGGUUUGAAAAAAUCGACAACCUGCUGCGGGAUCCCAAAUCGGAAGUGAAUUCGGAUUGCUUGCUGGAUGGAUUGGAUGCUUUGGUGUAUGAUUUGGAUUUUCCUGCCUUACGAAAAAACAAAAAUAUUGACAACUUUUUAAGCAGAUAUAAAGAUACAAUAAAUAAAAUUAGAGACUUACGAAUGAAAGCUGAAGAUUAUGAAGUAGUGAAGGUGAUUGGUAGAGGUGCAUUUGGAGAAGUUCAAUUGGUAAGACAUAAAUCUACAAGGAAGGUAUAUGCAAUGAAGCUUUUAAGCAAGUUUGAAAUGAUUAAGAGAUCCGAUUCUGCCUUUUUCUGGGAAGAAAGGGACAUCAUGGCCUUUGCUAACAGUCCUUGGGUUGUUCAGCUUUUUUAUGCAUUCCAAGAUGAUCGCUAUCUCUACAUGGUGAUGGAGUACAUGCCUGGUGGAGAUCUUGUAAAUCUAAUGAGCAACUAUGAUGUGCCUGAAAAGUGGGCACGAUUCUACACUGCAGAAGUAGUUCUUGCAUUGGAUGCAAUCCAUUCCAUGGGUUUUAUUCAUAGAGAUGUGAAGCCUGAUAAUAUGCUACUGGAUAAAUCUGGACAUUUGAAGUUAGCAGAUUUUGGUACUUGUAUGAAGAUGAAUAAGGAAGGUAUGGUACGAUGUGAUACAGCAGUUGGAACACCUGAUUAUAUUUCCCCUGAAGUAUUAAAAUCCCAAGGUGGUGAUGGUUAUUAUGGACGAGAAUGUGACUGGUGGUCAGUUGGAGUAUUUUUAUAUGAAAUGCUUGUAGGUGAUACACCCUUUUAUGCAGAUUCUUUGGUUGGAACUUACAGUAAGAUUAUGAAUCAUAAAAAUUCACUUACCUUUCCUGAUGACAAUGAUAUAUCAAAAGAAGCAAAAAAUCUUAUUUGUGCCUUUCUUACCGACAGAGAAGUAAGAUUAGGGAGGAAUGGUGUAGAAGAAAUCAAAAGACAUCUCUUCUUCAAAAAUGAUCAGUGGGCUUGGGAAACACUCAGAGACACUGUAGCACCAGUUGUGCCCGAUUUAAGUAGUGACAUCGAUACUAGUAAUUUUGAUGAUUUAGAAGAAGAUAAAGGAGAUGAAGAAACAUUCCCUAUUCCUAAAGCCUUUGUUGGCAAUCAACUACCUUUUGUAGGAUUUACAUAUUACAGCAAUCGUAGACACUUACCUUCAGCAAAUCCUAAUGAUAACAGAACUAGCUCCAAUGUGGAUAAAAGCUUGCAGGAAAGUUUGCAAAAAACAAUCUACAAGCUGGAAGAACAGCUGCAUAAUGAAAUGCAAUUGAAAGAUGAAAUGGAACAGAAGUGCAGAACUUCAAACAUAAAACUAGACAAGAUAAUGAAAGAAUUGGAUGAAGAGGGAAAUCAAAGAAGAAAUCUAGAAUCUACAGUAUCUCAAAUUGAGAAGGAAAAAAUGUUGUUACAACAUAGAAUUAAUGAAUACCAAAGAAAAGUUGAACAGGAAAAUGAGAAGAGGAGAAACGUAGAAAAUGAAGUGUCUACAUUGAAGGACCAAUUGGAAGACUUAAAGAAAGUUAGUCAGAAUUCACAGCUUGCUAAUGAGAAGCUGGCCCAAUUACAAAAGCAGCUGGAAGAAGCCAAUGACUUGCUUAGGACAGAAUCGGAUACAGCUGUAAGAUUAAGGAAGAGUCAUACAGAAAUGAGCAAAUCAGUCAGUCAGCUAGAGUCCUUGAACAGAGAACUGCAAGAGAGAAACAGAAUUUUAGAAAAUUCCAAGUCACAAACAGACAAGGAUUACUACCAGCUUCAAGCUGUGUUGGAAGCUGAACGGAGAGACAGAGGUCAUGAUUCUGAGAUGAUUGGAGAACUUCAAGGUAAUAAUCUUUCUUAUUGUAUUCACUAUAUAACUCUCAUUCCAAUUUUACAGGAAAAGAACAAUUUAGAGAUAGACUUAAACUAUAAGCUUAAAUCAUUACAACAAAGGUUAGAACAAGAGGUAAAUGAACACAAAGUUACCAAAGCUCGUUUAACUGACAAACAUCAGUCUAUUGAAGAGGCAAAGUCUGUUGCAAUGUGUGAGAUGGAAAAAAAACUUAAAGAAGAGAGAAAGGCCCGAGAGAAGGCUGAAAAUCGAGUGGUUCAGAUUGAGAAGCAAUGUUCCAUGCUCGAUGUUGAUCUGAAACAGGCUCAGCAGAAGCUGGAGCAUUUGACUGAGAACAAGGAAAGGAUGGAGGAUGAGGUUAAGAAUCUAACCUUGCAGUUGGAGCAGGAAGCAAAUAAGCGACUGCUGUUACAAAAUGAAUUGAAGACUCAAGCCUUUGAGGCAGACAAUUUAAAAGGUUUAGAAAAGCAGAUGAAACAGGAAAUAAACACUGUAUUGGAAGCCAAGCGAUUAUUAGAAUUUGAAUUAGCUCAGCUUACAAAACAAUAUAGAGGAAAUGAAGGACAGAUGCGGGAGCUACAAGAUCAGCUGGAAGCUGAACAGUAUUUCUCGACACUUUAUAAAACCCAAGUAAAGGAACUUAAAGAAGAACUUGAGGAUAAAAGUAGAGAACAUUUGAAAAAGAUUCAGGAACUGCAGAACGAAAAGGAAGCUCUUUCUACUCAGUUAGAUCUAGCAGAAACAAAAGCUGAGUCUGAGCAAUUGGCUCGAGGACUUCUGGAAGAACAGUAUUUUGAAUUGACCCAAGAAAGCAAGAAAGCUGCUUCAAGAAAUAGACAAGAGAUUACAGAUAAGGAUCACACUGUUAGUCGGCUUGAAGAAACAAACAGCAUGCUAACCAAAGAUAAUGAAUUAUUAAGAAAAGAAAAUGAAGAGCUGACCGAUAAAAUGAAAAAGGCAGAAGAAGAGUAUAAAUUGAAGAAGGAGGAAGAGAUAAGUAAUCUAAAGGCUACCUUUGAAAAGAAUAUCAAUACAGAACGAACUCUUAAAACACAGGCUGUUAACAAGUUGGCAGAAAUAAUGAAUCGCAAAGAUUUUAAAAUUGAUAGAAAGAAAGCUAAUACACAAGAUUUGAGAAAGAAAGAAAAGGAAAAUCGAAAGCUACAACUGGAACUGAACCAAGAAAGAGAGAAAUUCAACCAGAUGGUAGUGAAACAUCAAAAGGAGCUGAAUGAAAUGCAAGCGCAAUUGGUAGAAGAAUGUACACAUAGGAAUGAGCUUCAAAUGCAGUUGGCUAGCAAAGAGAGUGAUAUUGAACAAUUGCGUGCUAAACUUUUGGACCUUUCGGAUUCUACUAGUGUUGCUAGUUUUCCUAGUGCUGAUGAAACCGAUGGAAACCUUCCAGAGUCAAGAAUAGAAGGUUGGCUGUCUGUACCAAAUAGAGGAAAUAUCAAAAGAUAUGGCUGGAAGAAACAGUAUGUUGUAGUAAGCAGUAAAAAAAUUUUGUUCUAUAAUGAUGAACAAGACAAGGAACAAUCCAAUCCAUCUAUGGUGUUAGACAUAGAUAAACUGUUUCAUGUUCGACCUGUAACCCAAGGAGAUGUAUACAGAGCUGAAACUGAAGAAAUUCCUAAAAUAUUCCAGAUACUAUAUGCAAAUGAAGGUGAAUGUAGAAAAGACAUAGAGAUGGAACCAGUACAACAAGCUGAAAAAACUAAUUUCCAAAAUCACAAAGGCCAUGAGUUCAUCCCUACACUCUACCACUUUCCUGCCAACUGUGAGGCCUGUGCCAAACCUCUGUGGCAUGUUUUCAAGCCACCCCCUGCCCUAGAGUGUCGAAGAUGCCAUGUUAAAUGCCACCGAGAUCACUUAGACAAGAAAGAGGACUUAAUCUCCCCAUGUAAAGUAAGUUAUGAUGUAACAUCAGCAAGAGAUAUGCUGCUAUUAGCAUGUUCUCAGGAUGAACAAAAAAAAUGGGUAACUCAUUUAGUAAAGAAGAUCCCCAAAAAUCCACCAUCUAGUUUUGUUCGUGCCUCUCCUCGAACUCUUUCUACAAGAUCCACUGCAAAUCAGUCUUUCCGGAAAGUGGUAAAAAAUACAUCUGGAAAAACUAGUUAACCAAGUGACCUACUGCCUUGGAAUUGUGUGGGAUGCUACCUGAUCAACCAGGCUUCCUUAACCAUGCAGAGCAGGCAGGCUGUUUCUUUGACACAAAUAUCACAGGCUUCAGGGUUAAGAUUGCUGUUAUUCUGUCCUUGCUUUGGCACAAAAGCACACUGAGAGUUUUUUUUAAUUGCAGGUUUGCCUAAAGGUAGAUUAGAUUAAUUAUUACUGUGUAAUGCAAGUACAAUUGAGGGAAAGCUUAGCUAGAUAUAUUUUUCUAAAAGGUGCUGCCUUUUUGAAUGUCUAAGAAAAUGCCUGUCAGUCAUAAUGGAACAGUUUUCCUCAUGUGAAUGAGAGGAAGGAAUUUUCACUUUCAAGUGGAAUGAACAUCACUGUCAAGAUCAGCUCAUGGAAGGAGUAAAGAAAAUAUCUCAAAAUGAGACAAACUGAAGUUUUGGGUUUUUUAAGUAACUUUUUUUGUGCUCUUGCAAGAUUACACAAAACUAUCUUAAGCAGUGAAAUCACUUGAACUUCAGUGCUCUCACUGUACAAUUUAAAAAGCCUUACUGUUGUUUACCCAUGGUGGACUUGAUGGAGAAAUUAAAUAUAUUAUGCUUCACAAAAUACUGUAUAUGUCUCAGCAGAUUUGUAGAUUGGGGAAUGGGAGAAGACAAGAAAAAUUACAUUUAAUCUAUGCAGUUUUGCCAAGCCAUAUUAUUUUACUACUAGAGAUGUUAGGAACUAACUGUACAAAAGAACCAAGUUUAAAAACAUUUUGUGGGGUACAUCAUUUCUGUAAUUGUAUAAUGUAUUUCUUUGUGGUUUUUAAGUGAUAAAGACAUUAAGUUAACAAACAUAUAAGAAAUGUAUGCACUGUUUGAAAUGUAAAUUAUUCUUAGAACACUUUCAGUGGGAGUUGCAUUGCCCUUUUAGUGCCUUAAUUUGAGAGAAUUAUUUUACUGCCAUGACUAAGUAUAGAAAUUGUGAAAAGGGUUUUCAAAAAAAAUUAUGUGUGUCAGUGGGUUUCUUCAUUCAUAAUUGGUUUAAUUUAAAAUAUUUAGAGGUUUGUUGGACUUUCAUAAAUUGAGUACAAUCUUUUCAUCAAACUACCUGCUACAAUAAUGACUUCAUAAAACUCUCUGAAAAAUUAUACAAGAUUGCACCAAUAUAAAGUCUGUCAGAACAUCCAUGAUGUUUUCCAGUUAAUAUAGGAAUAACCAGAUAAAUACUGUUAAACCCUUGUUCAGUAACAAGAGUUUAUUUAUAUGGGCAGUAUGAUUUAUUGUUUAUUUUUUUAACCAAAUACCUCCUCAGUAAUUUAUAAUGGCUUUGCAGUAAUGUGUAUCAAAUAAGAAGCACUGGAAAACUGAUUGUCUCUAGGAUGAUAUGCAUGUUUCAAGUGGUAUUGAAAGCCGCACUGAUGGAUAUGUAAUAAUAAACAUAUCUGUUAUUAAUAUGCUAAUGACUCUGCUCAUUUAAUGAGAAAUAAAAUAAUUUAUGGAUGGAUACUUUUAA